AUCUCGUUCUUCUCAAUCACCAAACAAAUUAACACUGCCAUUUCAGAUUCUCUCAUAAAUUCUUCCCUUCAGUUCAUUCCCUUUUGAAUCCAUUUCCUCUCUUCGUUUUCACAAAUUAGUCCACAAACAAUACCUUAAUGGCAGAGGAAGAGUUUCAGGAAUCAGAGAUUAUAUUCUCCAACGGCACACACGACGGCGGCGUAACCGUUCAAUCCGAAGUAUUAUUCGAUCACCGCCGGCCUAUGUUAUCCAGGAAUUGCCAUUCGGUUCCCGUUAAUAUCCCGCUUCACAGGAGUAAUAACAGUAUUGUUUUCGAUUGCGAUGAUGGAUUUGAUGAAGAUCGUGACGAUGACCGCGAAAUUGUUCCGCCGCAUGUGAUAUCAGGGAGGAGAAUCGCAGCGAAAAUGGCGUUUUCUGUUUGUAUAGGCAAUGGAAGGACGCUUAAAGGGAGGGAUUUGAGUGAAGUGCGGAAUUCGAUUCUCAAGUUGACUGGAUUUUUGGAAGCAUAAAACUGGUGAAAUCAUUUUUCUUUUUCCUUUUUUAUGAAUUCUUUGGUUUCAUCGUUCCAGAAUUUCAGAAAUGAUAUGGGAGAUAUGUUCAUAUAAUUAUUUUAUUUCAACGAUUAUUAC